GCCAGCAGUUGUGUUUUGUGAAGCACGUGGUUCAGACGCUUGGUCUCAGCGUACAGUACGGACUGUAUACAGACGCUUUCGCGCGUGUUUAUUUGUAUCCGUCCGUGAAAGUUAUCAACCCGGAUGAAAUCAUCAUGAUGCGGUCAAAUAAAUCCGGUAAAACAAAUGAAUCUACAUAUUGAACCCCGCCGAGGAGCUUGACCUAGAAGACACUUGAUCAAAAUAAAUGUAAACAAAAACGUGGAAUAGGAAGAGCGCAAAGAUAAGAAACUCAUAAACACACUAGAUUAGUGCUGUCGUACCUACGUUGGUGAACACUAGAAAGUAUUAUUUUAUAAUCAGAACUGUUUAACAAAACUUUCCUACUAGUGCCGACCUGAUACGAAUAAAAAGGUAAACAUUGUCAGAACAACAUUACAUCGGACACUCAGAUUCGGUGAAGACGCUCGCACCUUCAAGUGUACUAAAAUAAUUAGAAGUGUGUGAUAAAAAGUGAUUAACAAUGACGCCAGGAGUCAAGGGUGAUCAGUGUAUGGAACUUAGCAACAAUAAUGUGAUACCAUUGUUACCGCGUGCUACUGUGCAUUUGGAAUUCAAAGAUGUUACCUGUUCAGUUAACACGUUCGACAUUAGCAAGUUUCGUUUCGAUAAGAAAACUAUAUUAAAAGGUGUAAACGGAUGUUUCAAACCGGGAGAACUGACGGCCAUUAUGGGGCCGUCAGGUGCCGGCAAAACUACGUUGUUGAACAUCCUGGCCGGUUAUUCAACCAAGGGUGCUAAAGGCGAGAUAACAGUGAACGGAGUAUGCACAUGUGCUUCUCAGUCAACUGGACGUGGUGGUGCGAGGUACAUCCGCCAGAACGAUGACCUCCGUGUACAUCUCACCGUCUAUGAAUCCAUGUCUCUCGCUGCAGCUUUAAAACUGGCCGACUUCAAGUUCCACGAACGCAAAGAGAAAGUGUAUGAAAUGCUCGCACUUCUGGGCCUGAGUGGGACAUCGCGGACUCUAUGUAGAGAUCUAUCAGGAGGACAGAAGAGAAGACUGGCUGUUGCUCUGGAGCUGCUUUCAGACCCAUCGUUAUUAUUCCUCGAUGAACCCACUACCGGCCUAGAUUCGUCAUCGUCGACAUCUCUAAUCGCACUUCUCAGUGGCUUAGCACGUGGAGGUCGAACCCUCGUUGCAACAAUCCAUCAACCUUCAGCACUGAUGUUUGAAAAAAUAGAUACAAUCUACUGCCUAGCGGCUGGGAAUGCGUUGUACUCGGGACCUAGAGAAGACCUCGUGCCGGCACUGAACAUUGCGGGUCUGCGAUGCCCACCGUACCAUAACCCAGCUGAUUUCUUAAUGGAAGUUGCAUCUGGUGAAUACGGUACUGCUAUAGAAAGCAUUGCGAACUCUAUACAACAGUACAAGCCAGAAUCUGCCAGGAAUUGGGAAGAAAACGUGCCCGUGAUAUCAUCUUUUUCAAGAUCUCUAAGUAUUGACACGGAAUUGAAAGACAAACAACUCAGCAGUAAUAUGAAAUACCAGAAGAAAUACUCCAAGAACAUCUACAGACCAUCUGGCUACUUGAAACAGACUUGGAUACUUCUAUACAGGAAUUAUUUGAUGACUACAAGAAAUUAUUCGCUGUUUAUGUACCGGGUAGCGGCUCACGUGGUGAUCGCCCUUAUCUUCGGCUACCUCUACCUCGGCGUUGGAAGCGAGGCUAGCAGCGUCCUCGGCAACUACGUAUAUUUGUAUGGAUCGAUGCUCCUCGUCGUUUACACCGGCAAAAUGUCCGUCACGUUAUCUUUUCCACUGGAGAUGGCAAUAUUGAAAGGAGAAUAUUUUAAUCGAUGGUAUUCUUUGGGGCCUUACAUAUUUUCAAUUUUAGCUGUGGAAUUACCCUUUCAGAUGAUAUCAUGCGUAUCUUACGUGGUAUUGUCUUACUGGCUAACUGAUAACCCAUUGGAGCCGACGCGAGCUACGCUAUUUCUUGCCACCGUGGUUGCCACUUCUCUUUGCGCACAAGCUUGGGGUUACUUCAUCGGAUCAAACACGCCCACUAAGAUUGCGGUAUUCAUAGGUCCGGUGCUUGCAUGCCUGUUCUCCGUGUUUGGUUUCUGCCUCGCCUUGAGAGAUACUCCCACUGCUUUCAAAUGGCUUCACCACGUGUCCUAUUUUAGAGCCGGCUUUCACGUUGCCGUACAUUCUGUAUACGGACUCAAUAGAACAAAAAUGCAUUGCGCUAAAGAGUAUUGUCACUACAGAACGCCUAGCACAUUCCUCGCAGAAAUGGACAUGUCCACAGUUGACGUUGGCGCUAACAUGGCGAUUGUACUCAGCACUACAGUGUUGAUGCACAUCCUAACAUGCACUUCCCUCUGGUAUCGACUGAACAAGAGAUGAACUGGUGAAACAGUACCACGCCGAAAUGAUGACUGAUAUAUUUAACUCCUUAGAUAUGUAGUGCGUAAUGUGAUAAAACUGAAGGUGUACUUAUAAACAGUUGCUUUAGACUGAUAAAAAUAUCUCAAUUUCAGCAUCGGUGGACAUCAUUUAAUCCUAAUCCACAAUCUUUAGAUGGCAGAUUAAAUUUGGUUAUGCUGUCCUUUUCCAACUCUUCCCUGUAAAUAUGGAUUGAACUACAUUAGUAGUUGAAUUUGUUAUCUGAAGAUUUUGGCAAAGCACUCAACUUGCGAUAGCCAAAGCGGCUUCCCAUCUGGUUCUGAUAUUUUGAUGUGUGUUUAAAUAAAUUAGUAUUUAAUAUUUUCUCCAAGUGUGGAUAAAAAACUUAAAUAAAAUAAAAUACCUGAAGGUGUAUUCAGAACCAACUUUGUAUCCGAGAUGCAUCUAUAAAAGUUUUGAUGGUGCACGUCUCUGAAUUCCAUUAUCCUUUGCAUUUCCGCUGUAUUUUGAAAAGCUCUUAGUAUCAGAUAUUAUCAGUAUCGGCACAGGAUGAUAGAAGAGAAAUAUAAAGAUAAAAAUGAUAUUCAUCACUCUAUCAGUGUGGAGGGGUCCACACUGAUCGAGUGAUGAAUAUCAUCGAACAGUAAUACAAAUAAAUGUACAAACACUUUAUCAGCCUGUGGUAGGCCUAUUAUAAUAUAAAAAAAAAUUAUAUGAUUUUGGAGGCCAGCGCCCAGUUAGGGUCAUCUAAAUGCUUAUCAACCAGAGCGUAAAACUGUAUUGUGAAAUAAGAACAAUUAGUGAUAAAUAUUUUUUUGUAUACAAAGUUCCCACUUUACUAAUAUGCUGUACCGCACAGCAUAGUGGUAAAGUCGGAACCAACGAACGAAGUAGAGUUAGAUAAUUAGCCUUAAAUAAUUUCUGUCUUUUGACUUCAUCGUGCACCUUAAUUAUUGUUGCAAAGCUAAAUUCAAACCGAGAUGUCCACCCUUGUUCCUUAUGGCGUGCAAAAUUACCAAUCACAGAACGCGCCUGUUAAAGCAAGUCAUGCGAUUGGUCUUAAUAACGCAGCAGGCCAUCGCAUACACAGUCGGUAGAUUUAAUAUAAGAUUUGUGCACUCGCAAUUGAGGCGCCAUUUUCGAGUAUGAAAAUAUUUGUACAUAGGAUUAAAAUGGAUCUUAUUUGCAUUAUAUUGAAGCACAAUUCAGCUCGGGCUUUUAAAAUGAGUGUCAUUAGGUCCAUUUUUCUUUGCCGAUACAGAGUUUGAUACAUGAAAAGGAUUACGCGAUUGCGAGAGAGCAAAUCUUGUUGUAAGGCUUGGCUUUCGCAUAACUAGACCCUUCAGUUUCUUUACCUCAAAUAUUGCCUUAGUAUUAAGUGUGCGGUGUGAGGUAUUAAAACAAAUUUAUAUUUACCUAACUUAAUGAAGUAGGUUAGUAUUCUGGAGAAAGAUAUUGUAAGUAAUAAGUAAUUUAUUAUGUAGCAAACAUCCAAACUUUUAUUUAUGGUAAUUAUUAUAAUAAUUCUCCAAAUUAUUUGUAUUAGAGUGAAUCUGUCUCGGAAUUUAUGCGUUUGAUAAUAAUCUAUCGAUAUAAAUAUAUUUAUUUACCUCAAAAUACGUGUAACGUUCGGUAUAAUUUUGUAUAAACUUUUCAUCCAAACUAAAAUAAAAGUAACCUACAAAUUAAUAAAUUCUGUAGAACUUAUAAAUUAUCCAUACAUACUUAUGGAUUUGGAUUAUAAUUCGUACAACCAAAAUAAAUCUGGGAAGUUAUACAGGUACGUUCUAACCGUAGCUCAUUCUUAACAACAAUUUGUGACGCAAGAAUUGACAGCACUGCACCAGUAUUACGUGCAGCAUUUUGUACGCAGUUAAGAUUCCAGUGCAAUGCAGAAUUAUUAGAGCCAUUAUUUAAUCCCAGAAUUCUCCAUUUCCUUGUAAACAAAAGUAAUUAUAGUCACACAACGAGUCACUACGGCCAGAUUUAGAUAGGUAUGCACGCCAUUGCAAGAAAUAUUUGAGUAUUUCGUGGAAGGGCGUGUGCCCAAUUCCUAUAGUCUUUUGAUGUACCUGCAAGCAUCACGACAUGACUAGUUAGCCCAUUGUGAAUCUGGUUUUACGCUGGAUAAUACCUACUUAUCAUCCAAAACUAUUCGAACAAAAUAAUAAACAAACAAAGUAAUGGAAAUAUUCACUUUAGUGGGGAAAUUGAUACAUUAAUUAAAAAACGACCCUAAACUAGUGUUUAACAAUAUUUAACAAUAGUGCGGAUAAACAAAAAUCUAUUCCGUACAAUGUAAACAAAUCUUGAAACCAAAUUGACAGUUCUUUAGUAGUGCCAUCCUUAUCACUAUGUUAUCUAUGGAAAAGGAUAGCAAGCACGACUUUUUAGACCUGUCAAUUUAGUUUAGUGAUUUGUGUACCUACAUUGUACAGAAUGGGCACCAUUGUCUUAUAAGUGUUAUUGUCUCCGUCUAUCGGAGUAUCGUAACAACAUUGUCAAUAAUUAAUUGUUGUAUUAAUAAAUAUAAUUUAUUAUUAUUAUUAUGUAAUACUUGCCGACAGUAGGUAUCUAUGGGGCAUUCUUUAAACUCAAUAUUUAUGACGAUACAUGUAUCGCUAUAUAAUUAUUUUAUUUUUUUAUUUAGUUCAGUGUUUAUGGGUAUCGAUCCAUUGGAAACAAUCAAUGUGGAUCACGGAUCGCUAUCUAAGAAUUGCAAGCAUGAAUCAUUUAUAUUGAGCGUCUAGAACCUUCCUAAGUUAUUCACAUAUUCCAGUUUAACUCUAGUUGUUAAAGCAACAUAAUAUUAAGUAUUAUAGUAAACUUUCAAGCUUGCGAAGCUUCAUGUAGACAAAGCUUUAUAUUUAUUAUUAAUAUUAAGUUAGAUUUAAUAAAGAAAUAUUUUAUACUGC